AACAAAUUAAUCUUUUUAUCGUUCUGUUUCCAGAAUCGCGUGACCGUCUCCGGAUCUCCGCGUCGAUCAACAUCCCCUCGCCGGCGCUCCUCUUCUUCACCGAUCAAUUCUCGUCCCGUAAUCUCCUCUUCCCUUCGUCUCUGUAACAUCGCCUUCUCUGGUUCGGGCUUCAUUUUCGAGGUUUUUUAAUAAUUGAGAGACUAGUGAACGAUGAGUCGCGUGUUCGAAGGAUACGAGAGGCAAUACUGUGAGAUUUCUGCAAAUCUCUCCAAGAAAUGUACUUCAGCUAUUGCUCUUGAUGGAGAACAAAAGAAGCAGAAGCUGUCUGAAAUCAAAUCCGGAGUUGAGGAUGCGGAAACAUUGAUUAAGAAGAUGGACCUUGAGGUGAGAAGCCUUCCACCAAGUGUUAAAUCCAGCCUCCUUGUGAAACUAAGAGAAUACAAAUCAGACCUGAAUAACUUCAAGACUGAAGUGAAGAGAAUUACUUCUGGGCACCUAAACGCAUCUGCUCGAGACGAGUUGCUAGAAGCUGGUAUGGCAGACACUGUGACGGCUUCAGCUGAUCAAAGAUCGAGAUUGAUGAUGUCAACAGACCGUUUAGGCAGAACCACAGACAGAAUCAAGGACAGCCGGAAAACGAUGCUGGAGACUGAGGAGCUUGGUGUUUCAAUCCUUCAGGAUUUGCAUGGACAGAGACAGUCUCUUUUACGCGCACAUGAGACGCUUCAUGGAGUUGAUGAUAACGUGGGGAAGAGCAAGAAGAUAUUGACAGCAAUGACGAGGAGGAUGAAUAGGAACAAGUGGACCAUUGGGGCUAUCAUCACGGUCCUUGUCCUUGCUAUUAUCUUCAUCUUGUAUUUCAAACUCACCAGGUGAAGCCUCCCUGGUCAAAUAUUUAUGUUACUGAGCAACUCUUGUGUCUUCUCUUGAAUGUAUGUUUUACUACUGCCUUUGGUGUUUUGACUCUGCUAAUCAAAGUUAUUACUA